UACAACUUUAAUCUGAAAAUGCCAAUGGAAACUUGUAAAGUAUGUGACAAAAACUCAGCGCAAUUCUUUGACUGUGAGAUUUGCAGACUGUAUUGCUGUAGAGAUUGCUAUUCGACACAUAUUGGUUCGUGUAAAUUUAUAAAAGAUGUUAAAUGCAGCAUAUGUACAAUUCACCAAGAGCAGGUAGAAAAAUAUUGUUUUAACUGUCGUCAGCUGAUAUGCCAUGAAUGCCUUAAAGGUGGUCAUCCAACACAUACUAUACUCCAGUUAGGUAUAGCAAUUAGCAAUAUCAAAUCAGGAAUACCAAACGCUGAGACAGAAUUAGCAGAAAAGGAUGAUAUGUGUCUGCAAAAUCUCGAUACAUAUCGAAGAAUACAACACGAUUACAAAGAUAUUGUUAGAAGGGUCAAAGAAGAGGAGACGAAAUGGAAUACAUUAAUAUCCGACAUAAGUCGAAGUCUUGUUCAACCACUAAAUACAAACAUAGAAUUGAUUGAGACAAAAUGCAAGGGAGUAGAAUAUACUUAUGAAAUGAUAAAAGAUACACAACAUCAAUUCAGAGACUUAGAAAUCACAAAAUUCCCACUGAAUUUUUUGUUCAAAUGGUCAAAUGCCAUGCAAUUAAAAGAUAAAAGUGAUGAAAGAUUAAUGGGAAAUGUCAUUAACAAACAGAUUAUAGAAAGAAGCGAACUAGAAAAAAGCAAAGAUAUGGGAUCGGUUUUCCAAAAUCUUGUGUCAAAUAUUGCGAAGAUGAAAGAUUCACCAGCUGAAACAAUGGACACACUUACAGCUCAAUUUUCAGAAUUUAGCCUGAAGGAACCGCCUUCUCAAACAAUGUCGGGCCGCCAAUUUCAAGACCAAGAAAAUUAUUGCAAAGACACAUCUGGAAAUGCAAUACAUUUAAAAGAACAAAGUUGCAAAGAAAUAAGCAAACCUUCACAACAUACUAAUGACUUAAAGCCAAAGAUAGACAUCUUUGAGAAAAGAGUUUCCGGUUUCAUGGUUAAAAAUGAAGAGAUGAAGCACAAAAUUAGGCAACAAUAA